AUGGCCGAUUCAGAAAACUUGUCACUCGCGGGAGACGUGAGCUUAGACGAUGGCGACUCGAUAAAUGAUGCGCCCGCGGUGGCCGGCGCUGGUGUUGACGAUGGUUCGGUCGAGGAUGUGUCAGACAGCGACGGGCCUGAUCGUCACCUUGCACCGGCUGCUAUAGGAAAUGGAUAUGUUGGCAAUAGAUAUCGCGAAAUAAUGCAGCAGCAACACCAGGAUAGCUCGGAUGUGAGCUCUUUGGGUGGAAGCUCGUUACAUGGUCUGCCAAGGCGAGUUGGAAGUCCGAUAGAUUCGGUCAUGUCGGGACCUGACGACACGCCAUCUAUUCAAGGAUCCUUUGUCUCCUCUCCUGGAAGCAGCAUCCUCCCAUCUGUAGCCUCACGCCCUGGCUUAAGCAGUCCCUCACCCUCCUUCCGACCUUUCGAUCGUCGAUUCCAAUCGCGAAUCUCCUCCUCCAACAUACAUACACCUCGCUCUUCAUCUCCGGCAUUUCCUUUUCUUUCCAGUCAUAGCCGUAAUGUCUCUUUAAGCUCUCAAUUCCUCCUCGACCAAGCCGAUUUAGAAACGCCCACGCCACCAUGGGAGGUGGUUCGUUGGACAAAGCUACGGAAACUCAAUGGCCAUGCAUUCUCCGAGGCAGGAAAACGAAACUUCGGAUCACCUACGUGUCUAGCAGUGUCGGCAACGAUAGUGCUUGGAACGUCGAAGGGUAUAAUAUUAGUGUUUGAUUAUAACCAAAAUCUCAAGAUGAUUAUUGGGCCAGGAACAAAAGCUGUUGAGUCUGGACCAAUUACCGCCAUCGCGAUAUCUGCAGAUCAUACUACAAUUGCAGGAGGACAUGCGAGUGGUAAUAUCUUUACUUGGGAUACCAGUCGCGCUUCAAGGCCAUUUUUGACAAUACCACAUCUGGAACCCUCGCAGCUCCAGAAUCGCACGGCAGAUGGGCAUGUUCCUGAUGUUGCUAUUAUUCAUCUUGGUUUCUUGGGGACCCGACACACAGCACUCGUGUCAGCGGACAACCGAGGAAUGGCCUUCUCUCAUCUGGCAAGUAGAGGAACAGGCGCACUUGGAAGGACUGUGAAAACUCAUCGAAUUCUUGGUCGAUAUCCAGAUGCGCCCAUGCCUGCGGGGAAGACUGUCAAGCCCAGUACUGUCCUGGCAUUUGCCCCCCUGCCCCUUGGGAACGUGGAGUGCUCAACAGAUACCAUUGGUUUGACAGCCAUGUUGACACCCUAUCUUCUGGUCAUUGUUUCGACUACACCCGUGGCGCAGACUCAGCACAAAUCGGCGCGCCCUAAAGAUGUUCCUCCUCACAGCGCCAUGACGGGCUGUCUUGCUUGGUUUCCUGCUGUGAAGCUAAAGGUGCCGGACCCGCAUAGUAAGAGCGACAUCUCAAAGGUGAAGCUUGCGUACUGUUGGUCAAACAUCCUGACAGUACUUGAUGUUGACGAAUAUCCACGCGAGGACAAAGACCAGCCUAUCUCAUACAAAUUCAAAGCUCGAAAUCGAUGGAAGUGUGAAGAGGCCAUUGUUGCUAUUCAAUGGCUCAGUCGUUCAGUUCUAGCUGUUCUUACCAUAUCUCAAAGAAUGAUCGUUCUUGAAGACAGAAGCAUGCGCAUGACAGAGGGGUUCGACUUGGUGCAAAAAUACAUAUACCACACCGAUUUAUUCUCAGAGCAGUUACACACUCUCGUGGAGCAGCUUGAUGAGAAUGAUUCUUCGAUGCAUGGUGUUGUGGCCGACGCUUUCUACAUGAGCUUCAAAGCAUACAAAGGAAGAAUAUUCAUCCUCGGCUUCAAUGAAGUCGCAAUCGGCGCGUUGUCGAACUGGGCAGACAGACUUAUUGCUAUGAUGGAAAACGGCGACUACAUGGGUGCCAUUCAGCUUGCCACAUCAUACUACACUGGCGAUGCAGACAAACUUACUGUCGGGCUGCCAGAAGAUCCUUCGCUACGACACACUAUGGUUCGCGACAAGAUUAUGGAGAUAAUCAGCGCUUCGCUGAAGUACGCCUUUGGUCAGCGUCAGAAAGAUCCUGAGAGCUACGACGAUGAGCAUAUGAAACAACUAGCGGAUACCUGUUUCACAGCAUGCCAGGCCGUUGGCAACCAAGACUUCCUCUUUGAUGAGAUGUACGACUGGUAUGAAGAUGCCGAUAUUGUUGGUAUAUUCCUUGAGUGCCUUGAACCUUGCAUCCUUGAGAAGACCAUUACGAUGGUACCUCCAACUGUCGUCAAGGAUUUGGUUCAACAUUAUGUCAGUCGAGGGUGGGAGAGCAGACUUGAAGAGAUGAUCUGUCACAUGGAAACAGCAACCCUGGAUUUGGAUCAGACAACUCUUUUGUGUAAGCAGCAUAGCUUAUAUGAUGCUCUCAUCUACGUUUGGAACCAGGCCCUUGGCGACUACAUCACUCCAAUGAUCGACCUUCUCUCCUUGUUGAUUCCUCUCAUGGUUGAUGGGGACUUCACGGCGAACAAUCCAGCAGAUGACUUUUUCAGUAUUAACGCCUUCAAGAUCUUCCCAUACCUGUCGUAUACACUCACCGGGAGGGUAUACCCUAACGAUGAGACAAUGAGUGAUGAGGUGGCAACCAAGGCCAAGUCAGAAAUCUACUGGUUCUUCUUCUCCGGGAGAACUGUUACCUGGCCCAAAGGUCGUGGGAAUGAGUUCCGAACCAUUCCUAACUCCGAGUCACAGCCAUCGUUUCCAUAUCUUCGAAUGAUCCUCAAGCUGGAUGCGCCUAGCUUCCUCAGCUCGUUGAACGAAGCAUUUGAAGACCCGUUUUUGAAUGACUCUCCAGAUCAACAAACGAACGGUUCUAGGGGUGACCUUCCAGAAGAACAGAUCUUUGGGCAGACGAUAAACCGGCAAUAUGUUCUAUCUAUCUUGCUGGAUGUUAUGAAUCCUAACGACUUUGCUCCGGAAGACACCAUCUAUCUCGACAUGUUCAUCGCGCGGAACCUUCCAAAAUUCCCCCAAUAUCUCCUAUUCUCAGGCACAACACUCUCCCGUGUCUUGACUGGACUUUGCAACUACCCGGGUGAUGACCUAGCCGAGGAUGCCCAGCUCAGUGCCGAGUAUUUGCUCUCUGUGUAUCAUCCGUCAGAUAUGCCUGAUAUGAUGCCGUUGUUCAAGAAGGCAGGGUUUUAUCGCAUUCUUAAGCGCAUAUACAAGACGGAUAAGCAAUACGGCAAUCUUGUUCAGACCUACUUCGAAGAUCCAGAGGACCAAGACUUGGUAUUUGACUGUCUCCGCGAAUGCUUGCGAUCUCAGACAGGACUGACUGCACGCCAAACCGAAGAGGUGCUCAGUGUUGUCAAAGAGCAUGCGCGGGAUUUACUUGAACUUGAUGCCACGCUCACUGCAAAGACUCUUGCUGAGCAAGAGUUGGGGCUACAUCAGCACAUUAUUCAUGCAGCGGAGGAUGCAUCAGACCUACAACAGACAUAUCUCAAGACCUUGUUGGAGCCUGAGGAGCCUACAUCAACAACGAAACUGACAACUUCUCGUGAUUUGGUCGAACGUUAUGUUCAACUCAUGUGCAAGUUUGAACCGUCUCACGUCUCGGACUAUGUUGGUAUUGUACAGUCAGCUGAUUUGAGGCUGGAAAAGCUACUACCUACAAUGGAAGAGACUGGCGUUAUCGACGCAGCCGUUGUUUUGAUGGCUCGUGAAGGCCAAAUAAAGGACGCUAUGGAACGACUUGUCAGACAUCUCAAGACACUGGAAUCAGCUAUGCACGGAGUCUUGACUGGUGCUGAAGAGCAAAAUUCGGGACCAAGCCUAGGAUAUGCCGCAGAAGAUCUCCUUGAAGGUCUCCAGAAAUAUGUCCAUGUUGGUAUUUGGCUAUGCCAGGGACAAACCAAGUCGUCUACCAAGAAGUUAAAGAUGGUUCAGAAGACGCCGAAGUCAGCGACUGAAACACUGUCAUCCGAUGAAGCCCUUUGGUUGAGUCUGAUUGAUGCAUGUGUGCAGAUUACGAAGGAGCUAUCUCCCGCACUCAGCUCCGCUGCUGAGCAGAACAUAAGCGACGAUGAAUUCGACGAGGAGAAGCUUGUGGCGCUUUUGCGGUCGUUAGUCCAACAUACCUUUACUGCGUUGCUUACAACGACGUCCAGUCAGACGACAUCUCACUCGGGAUCAAAGCUGCUGUCAAACGCCGGAUCCAAUCUAUCUUUCUUGCGUAUCUUGAGAGCGUUCUUGACACAAGCGGCUGCGUCAUCGCCAAAUUUGGCCGAUCUUCGUGGCGUUCUUUCGUCAAUUUUCUCAGCAUAUGCGUAUGAGGAGUCGAUCCUGAAGUUGUCGAACCGCCUCCUGGAACGCAGCCUAUUUGUCGACGUCAACCAGUCGGUUUCGCUCCGUCAGCGAGGCUGGCGACCAAGAGGAUCCACGUGCGAAGCAUGCAGUCGAAGGGUAUGGGGACCCGGAGUUGCUGGAACUGCAGUGUUUGAAGCAUGGGAAGAUAAACAAGCCAUUGAGGAAAAGAGAAGGAAAGAGAGGCAGGUAAACGCAGCGGAACGUGCCAAGGGUGAUGAUGGUGAAUCAGACCUCAGGUCUAAGGGCAAGGGAGUUGACACGAGACCCUCGAGCAUGCUCAUCGAGGCGAGCACCAACAGUGGUGCGAUGAAUAAUAAGGAUAAGCCGAUGGGUCCGCUGGUUAUACUGGCGUGUCGGCACAUCUACCAUCAGAGUUGUCUAGAUGAGUUGCAAGAGCGGCAGCAGAAUGGGGUCGCUGGUGGCGAGAGGGAGUAUAGAUGCCCGAUUGAUGGGUGA